AAACUCAGUGUUGACUUAAUGUUUUGUUUGCUUUAGCAUCCUGUACGUUUAUCAUGAUGGCAACCGUCAUGCUAGUGUUGCCUGGUUACAGAUAAAGCUAACGUUAGCUACAGUUUACAGCUACAGGCUAGCUAACGUGUCAACACAGCCCCAAUAUGAGGCAUGGAUGGUCACAAUAUAACCAAAGUGGUCCUGCUGGCCUGCGGGUCCUUCAACCCCAUCACCAACAUGCACCUCAGGAUGUUUGAACUGGCUCGAGAUCAUCUGGAGGACACAGGUCAGUACAGGGUGGUGAAAGGCAUCAUCUCUCCAGUGGGUGAUGGCUACAAGAAGAAGGGUUUGAUCGAGGCCUGCCACCGCCUGGAGAUGGCCAGAUUGUCCACAGAAAACUCAGACUGGAUCACAGUAGAUUCCUGGGAGAGUAUGCAGCCAGAUUGGGUGGAGACAGCUAAAGUCAUUCGGCAUCACUAUGAGGAGCUGCUUGCAGCAGAGCAGAACAACGAUGAUGUGGACACGGUCAAGUACGCAAAAAAGAGACGCAUAGAGGAGAAUUUUACUGAGGGUUCGUCUUAUCACAAAAGGAGAGAUGGUCCUCAGCUCAUGUUGCUGUGCGGGGCUGAUGUCCUGGAGUCCUUUGGCGUCCCCAACCUGUGGAAGCAGGAGGAUAUCGCCGAGAUCGUGGGCCACUACGGUUUGGUUUGCAUCACCCGCAGCGGCAACGACCCCCACAAAUUCAUCAACCAAUCAGACAUACUGUGGAAGCAUCGCAAGAACAUCCACGUGGUCCACGAGUGGGUGACCAACGAGAUCUCAGCCACUCACGUGCGCCGGUCGCUGCGUCGACGUCGGAGCGUCAGGUACCUGCUGCCAGACGCCGUGCUUUAUUACAUACAAGAGCACGGCCUCUACAGCGCCGAGAGCGAGCAGAAAAAUGCAGAGGUGGUUCUAGCACCCCUUCAGCGAUACACACCUGCAUCCUCGAGCUGAGAAAGGUUACUGCUGCAGAAACACAGAUGAAAGCUGUCGACACUGAGUGCUGUGACUUUACUGUGAUCUAAAGCAUUUUAUACACAGUUCAGUUUAUUUAAGCUUCCUCCAGUGCCUACUACACAGAACAGUCUUUUCUAGCAAUGUGUGCAAGUUUUUUAGAUACUUCUGAGUGAAGUGAUUUACAGUUAUAACACUUAGAAUACUUUUUGUGUGUGUGGGAAAAGUAUAAAAGCUAUAAACAGAAUAACUGAGCAGAGUUCAACCAGCUAGGAGUUCAUACAAAUGUCGUUGCUGCUGCAGAAACAAAUCUGAUCUGUGAUUAUUUAACUAAGGAUUCACAAAUGGUGUGUGAUGUAGUCAGCAUACAGUGUGUCUGCUGUUUCAUGAAAUACAACUAGAACAAACUGAUGUUACUCUUUUUACUUGCUUUACCUCAGUGCUUCAGCAGACUCUCUCUCAACUCCUCACAUUUUGUACCUAGGGUAGGAUUUGUUCAUGCACUCCGUAGGCAAAGCACGCAAUACGCUUUCAACAUGUUUAUUUAAUGCUGCAGGUUUGAAAGUGAAAGUGUGAUUUGUAUUGGCUGGAAAUAGAAUAAACAACCAUCUUUGUUUUCCA